AUGCAAAAGGCAAUGAAAAGCGCAGAAUAUAUAAAAGCUAACAAUGACUGGUUAGAUGCCCAAGCCAACGCUAAAGCAGCCCAACUUAUAGGGUCAAUAAGGACAAAAAUACAAGCGGAUGAAGACAGUUCAAAUGAAGCUUUAAUGAAUGCUGACUUUAAGAAUGCCUUCGAAGCUCUUCAUAGUAAGGUGAAACAAGUGAACGAUUUCUCAUCUGGAAAGAAACUGAAGUCUGAAGGUUUCGACAAAGAGUUAAGAGAAGUAGCACAAAAUAUGACGAAAAUAACAGAUGCAGCAACGAGACAGGCAGUUCAAAGUGCCUAUGACGCCGUUAGAGCAACUGUUGUGGAAAGUCAAGAAAAAGAGUUACAACAGACCAAAACAGACCUAGUAAAUGCUUUCUUAAAAACGAAAAGUCAGGUAGGACAUUAUGCUGCAGAUGGAACAUAUGUGCCAGCUGGUGGAACUUAUAUACCACCAAACCCUCCAAGAGAAGCACCUGCACCCGGACUACCUAAAACAUUUACAUCGUCACAUGGACACAGACACAGGCAUGCACCACAACCAACACAACAACCAACAGUUCAAAACCCUGCACAACAACCAACAGUUCAAAAUCCAGCACAACAACAACCACAACCAACACAACAACCAACAGUUCAAAACACUGCACAACAACCAACAGUUCAAAACUCUGCACAACAACCAACAGUUCAAAAUCCAGCACCACAACAACCACAAACAGAGCAAGGACAUAAAAGAAGUAGAGAACAAGGAAACCAAGAAUUCUUAAAAAUGCUUAAGGAAAAUUAUGGUUACCUAGAUACUCUUGACUUUAGUGACAGAUAUAAAGAAGCUAUUAGAAAGUUCAAGGAAGGAAAUACUGACCCGAACCUAUUUAGCUUUAUGGCUCAGCACCAAAUCGGAUAUAAUCUCAAACCUGGAAAAUACAAGCUCGCUAAGGGAUAUGAUUUAAUAGCAUAUCAUCCAACUGACAUGAAUGAAUUUACUCCGAGAUAUUUGGUGUCAGAGAUAAAUGAUAAUUCAACUAUCUUCAUGAAACGCGUAAAAAAUAGAGACGGAACGAAAGAAGAAAGGGUUAUGAAUGCGGAUGACUUAAAUAGGGAACUUGUUAAAAACGGUCUCGGAAUAUAUGAAAUGCCAGCAGAUGAGGUACAAGAAACUCCACAGGAAGAAGUUCAGAUACAACCAGACAUGGAAGAAAUAGUUCAGCAACAACAGCUAGAAGAGCCAGAAGGAAACGAACAA